ACACAGGGGUUGCUGUUUCUGGUCGGUGUGCAGGCACCGCUCAGUGGGGGGAGAAAGGGUAGAAAAGGUGAGCGUAUGCCGAGGGAUCUCGACGAAUAGCGUGAAGAGGGUCGGUUCGUGGGCGCGGCAUACGACGUUCUGCGUCGGUUCCGCCCUCAAAAUUCUCGCCGAGAGAGAGACGUGCGUUGAGUACACGAGUGAACGAGUGAAUGAGAGGAGCAAUGGGUCCCUCGAGCAGAUCGUAGACCGGUCCUACGUAUAAUCCACGCUCAGUCGACACCGACACUUCAUUCGAGAACGUUGUACUGUUUACCGCGCUCUCACGCCUAGCCACGCUCGUCCGCGUCAUUAGCAGUUUUAAUUUGGUGCUAUUUGUUUACCUGUCAAUGUCACUGUGUAUUUCCGGUCGUACCAGCUGAAGACUGAAAAUAUCCUCGAACGGUUGAAGGAAUUCAAGGGAACUGUCGUCGCGCGCGCGAGUGUCUGUUCAACGGUGCAUGACAUUUACAGAGACAUAAUCAAAAAGGUGAUAAUCGGAUCCAUAUCGGGAACCGGCGGUCUUCAUCGCUGAUCAGUUCGCGGCCGGGCCAAGUGACCAUGAUGGGCCCCCACCAGCAGCACCCGGGCUACGGGUUCCUCUCCGGCAUGGACGGGUUCCACUCCAUGCACCACGUGGGCCAGGACAUGAAUCUGGCAAAUCAACAGGCCUGCCAGGAGCAACACAUCAAACGACCUAUGAAUGCCUUCAUGGUGUGGUCUAGGAUUCAGCGUAAGAAGAUUGCCCUGGAUAAUCCGAAAAUGCACAACUCCGAAAUCUCGAAGAGAUUGGGAGCCGAGUGGAAGCUGCUGUCUGACUCUGAGAAACGUCCUUUUAUAGACGAAGCGAAGAGACUACGAGCGAUGCACAUGAAGGAGCAUCCAGAUUAUAAAUACAGGCCUCGGAGGAAGCCCAAAGUACCUGUCUCUCCGGUAUCCGGCAAGUCUGGCCCAAUUAGUCCAGGUGGUUUCCCGAGCUUCCCGCUACCACCGUACUUCGCAGCGCCAGCUGCUCCAGUUAGCCAUCACCAUCAUCAUCCGCAUCCCCUAGACUACCCGCCCAUGCCACCUUAUUUCGGCUCUGCCUUCGACGCUGUGCACUUGAGCAAGCUGGUGGCUGGUAACAGCGGAACAAGCUCAACAUCGUCGAACGCGGCCGUGGCCGCUGUCGCCGCGGCAGCCGACGCUGCGAACAACAACGCGGCUUCCGCCGCCGCGGUUGUCAGUAGCUUCUACUCUGGUUUCUACUCAUCGCCAACGACAACAGGGCAACAUCCACCCAUCAUCUUCCCACCUUCGUCUGCCACCGGGUCAAACAGCAUCAUCACCACUACCAGCAGCCCAGGCAGCAGCCCCGGCACCACUCCGAUCCCCUCUUCGCUUCAACAAGUCGUACCGUCAACGUCUAGCACCUUAGAUCUGGAACAACUACGCCGACCCGUGCCCGUGAUAUUUUAGGCGCUAUCCGAAUAGGUUUUCAAGCUAAGUGGCCCGGAUUGGUGAGUCAUUUUGACUGACGGUGUAAACACCGUGGAUCGGGUAUUCGUCCAUGGUUCUCGCGAAUCUAUAUUAGGGACAAGAAUUAUUGUAAGUAAGGACAUCGCGCCGGUUUUGGAAUUAACCUUCGCGGACGUAGGCUUGGAUAACGCUGAUGUGUGUUCCGUACAGAUACAUUGUCAGCGGGUGGUUCUCAUUGGCUUGUGUACAAAUACUGAGAACUGAAAUUUCGAACGUGAAAUAUCAGACUAAUGCCUGAUCUCGGCUCCGCGUUUCAUCCAACUGUUCUAUAUCCUGAGUAUCGGUUUGAAAAUGCAAGUGCAUGUCGAAGUAUACAAACCAAACACAAGCUAAAGGGAGAAACGUUCCAACUGUUUCGAAUUCAAAUCACACGCAAACUUGAACAUUACGUUCGGUUCGUCGACGAGAAGUUGACGUCGUCUAAUGUGAUCUACCGUGAAACGUGUGUGCUCUUUCAGCGCUCGACGACGUACAUUCAUUAAUUUAUCGGCUCAAGAGCAACGGACGUAAGAGCUGAAGACGCGUAUCCAUGCGUAUUGGAUACGAGACAAUUUCAUUUUUCAUUGACUAAGGGGCAGGGGGUUGCCGGCGUCAUGCAUCCGCAUUCAUUAUGUUCUAGUUGUACCGAAAAUUGUACCGCACGGUGUUUUAAUUGCAAUUGUCGCAACAUUCUUUUGAAUCUUCUGAAUCUGAAUUUCUCUUGUAUCAUAGAAAGACAAUUCUUUUUUCAUUGACCAAACUGGCGGUCAACUUGCCAGCGUCACGCAUCUGCAACGCUCAUUGUUCUCCAGUUGCAUCGAACAUUGUACCGCACGGUGUUACAAUUGCAAUUGUCGGAAGAUCUCUCGAAUCUUCUGAACCGUCUGAAUCUGAAUUUCUCUUGUAUUCUAGAAAGACAAUUCAUUUUUCAUUGACGAAACUGGCGGGCAGGGGGCUGCCGGGUGGAUAAAGAGAAGAAGGAGGGGCAGGCGUAGGUGAGAUUUUCGAAUGCCGAGGGCCGGGCCGAUUGCGGAUCGACCGGCGUUCGAGGAAGGCUUGCCGCGGCAGCCACGCGGAUAAUUGAAUUAGCAUAUUAAUGCGUUGGAACAAAAGAGCCGUUUAGGCCCCGGGAUUCGUUUUGCUUUUAUUGAACAGGGGGAUCUUCAUUGUGCGCCACGUUGCCCCGUGAAUAGACCGCGUACCCCUGCACACCCUGUACAGCGACGUGUAAAGGGAUGAGGUGAGGUUUCCGAAUAAUGUUUUCCAAAUAAUGUUUUACCUAUCGCGUGACACAGGUCGCCGAAAUCCUGUGGCGCCAAGUAAUUCUCCUCUUAGAGCAACUUAACGAUUUGGCCGUCAACUAAAGGAUCAACGGACUUUUUUACGACUCGACGAAUGCCGAGAAAGUUAACGUUUAGAUUUACAAAAUGAUAUCACUCGAGUUCCAGCGACGUGGCAAUGUGUUAGAGAUUCGGAAUAAUUCACGUUCGCCGGUUAUUCUUUUUUGGAGGUUCUUUUUCAAUUAGUUCUUUAUGUUUGUGUAGCUCUUACGUUGUCUUCCGGUGUACACAUUACGAUCUAUUGUUCGUGAUUCCUUUGAUUUCGACUCGCACCCACGUGGCGUCGUCUACCGGGCCCCUCUGCCCCGAAGAUCUUGCUCGCGCUACGUUCGUACGUUGUUACGUGGUUCUCGAGCGUGUCGUUACCGUUCGUUUUAAUAACACCGUUUCCACGAAUGUAAAUAGUUCGUAAUAUACAAUCCGCGUAGGUUAAGCACCAAACCGAGCCGGUCCGCUCGGUUCUAGGUGGGACGGUUUUUUGCAGGACGGCGUGUGUCUGGUCUCCGCGAAAUCUUGUUUGGCUCGUGCACGGCAACGUUCACGAUCAUUCAGCUGUCCUUACAUUGGACGAGUAUAUCGUAUCUUCGAAAUUCAAUAAUUCUGACGACGCAUCUUCAGCUGAUUCUCAUAUCGAAUAUGAUAUAUUGGUACAUCUAUCUUGUUGGCGCAGAUGUUAAUGAAAUUAUUUCGGUCAACGUGAAGAAUUGUUACGAGGAAAACACCGAUUUCUUUCAUUUGUUUUCUUCACGUUCUUACUUUUAGUCUUACUAUUACUAUUACUUUUAGUUCACCGUCUCAAACUUGACGCAAAUCAUAAUUGCAAGUUCUUCAACGCGAUUUCUACCGAAGGUGUCAACAGACGUCUUUGGAAAUUUUAAGUUAUAAUUAUUUCCCAAGCUUAAUCGUAUAUUCUCAUUUUUCGACUUUCCCAAUAACGAUUGCAAAAUUGAGUAUAGGAAAUGUCCAAAAUGUAAUUGAAGAAAAACGAUUAACCGAGGAAAUCAUUUUAAGUUGAAAUUUCGACAGGUGUCUCGUGACACCUUCGGUGGAAAUAGUAUCGAGGAACUUGUAGUUGUGAUUCAAGUAUCACUUAUCGAGUUUCCGUUCCCUUCAACUGUGCGUCGAGGAUGGAACUGUUAUACUUAUCUUUUUAACGUAAUCGCCAUGAAGAUAUGUGACUGUAUAUCUACGGUAGGCUCCUCACGUUUUGGUCGAUCACCACCAAACUGAGAAGUUACUGUAUGAACUGUUUUCAGCGUUCUUCAGGAGAAGUACCUUAAAAAAGUUGCCAGCUUAACACUAACCGUAUCGGGAACCGAUCAAAUGACCAGAUUGAAAAUCCUGCGUUCUCUUCCGUUCGUUUAAUUUCAUAUCAAUUCCCACAUUAUCCGAUUAAUUGGUUUCUCCCUUUUCAUUCUUCCUUUUGCUUCUCUUUCCACUAAAAGAAAUUUCUCAUGUAACUCGCUUGUCUCUACUUUGUAGCCAGUCAUUUGACUAGUAAGAAAAGUGCCGGUACGGUUAGUGUUAAUCGACCAGCUAUCGUCUUAUCUUGAUUUUCAAUCUUAACUUCCACACAGUCGAAACCAUAAAUAAAACAUAACGAAUUUUCUUCUGAACAGCGCUGAACACAGGCAACGCGACAGAUUUCGCUCGUUCGUCAAGCGAGACCGUCGAGUUCCGGGAACAUGAAUCCGAGUGGCCAGAUCACGAGCGAAAAUCUCCGGAGAGAUCCGUCCUCAGCGAGCGAGCAUUUCGUCCAGGGACGCAGGACUUCGGAGUAGCGCGCAUUCGCCAGCGCGAAACCAUGGGAAGAACAGUUAACCGACACUUUCAGCAAACCGAACCCUUUUUCCUCGCGAAUCGACGGUCACCGCAUCGUCCUCGUGGUUUCCGGCCGUCCCGGGAGUAGAUUUUCUUGCGGUUAAUAAGAAAUAGUUCGAAGGAUUCAUUCGUCGCAGUUCCAGCGGACUCGAUUAGCAAAGGAAGACAUUAGCUUUAAUGCUUUCACGGCCUGGAAUAUUGCAUUCGUGAGUGGCUUUCGGGUGAGAACCGUGUCCAAUAGGAAUUCGUUCCCAACGUUUCGCCAUCGUUACAACUGGCUUCGUCAGGGGUUAAAGACACACUGAUACCGGUGUGUGCCUAGGGAGACCGUCUUUAUACAGGUAUCUGGUUUAUGUUCCGGAUCAGUAAUCACCAGUAGUUUUUAAUUGUUCAGUUGGCCAAUCAAAAACUACUCGUUUCCUAAGUACUUAACACCCGAAAGCUACUUACGAAUGCAAAGGGAGAUCUGUUUCGAAAGGUUCUCAGCCGUCGAUUCGUAAAAAACAAAUAUAGAAGAAUUUUAACUGUAAGAGUAAAGAAAUUUCGAUCCAGUAACGUAAGAUUCGUUCGAGGCUUACACGGCUAGUUCUAUGACAAGCGUUCAUUGCGGAUGAUUUCUCGACGUUCCGCUUAUAUACCUGGAAACAUUGGACAUUUGUCAGAGCGACGCGAGGUUCGUUGGAAAUCAAUUUCCGAGGGAACGUUAUCGUCAGAAUUGGGAUUCACAUCUGUGGAUGGAGUUAAAAGCCAUUGGAAACAAUGGCUCGUCUCUGAGUAUGGUGUUGGGGCAACGACUUUUUCAUUGAGAAAGCGAAUGUGGACUCGAUUAUGUGUAUAUUAUGAAUAUAUGUGUAUAAGUACGUGUGUAUAUAAGUCGAUAGUACGUGCAAUCGAAUGAGGUCAAUUUCUCGAAGUAUUUUCUAUUUGUUGAUCGCAACGAUAUUUUACUAAGCUCUUCUCGAUAAGUAUUUUCGUCGUCGCGGUCCGAUUGUAUACGGGCCAUGCCGUUAACUGUGAUUUCGUUAAGUCGUAAGCGCGGUCCUUGCGGGGGCAACCCUUGCUAGAAAGUGUUGAAUUAGAUAUAAGUUGAAACGUUCGUGCGCGCGUUCUGAUUUCGGUCUGCUUUGUUGCUUAACGAGUUAGUGUGUUACCUUAGCGGGAAGUGUUCGUUUAGAAGUAAGUUGAACAUAUAGGUGUACACAAGUAUGAUCGAAUAUACGAUAACUUUGUUUGUUACGUCAAGCAUUGUUACAGUUGGGAGAAAAUGAAAUUCCAAUUAUGUAUUAUAAGAAAUUCAAUUUUAUUCGUUACUCAACACGUUCGCGACCAGUGUCACGCAUCGGCAACGCUCAUUAUUAUUUAGUUAUUUUUUUACAAAAUAACAGACAAGACAUUCUAGAUUAUAAAGAUAAUUCGUUAAGUUAUAGAAAUAUCGUAGUCAGUAAGAUAGCCGGUUGAAAACGCUGGUUGCGGACGCAUGAAAAUAUUAUUGUUACUUUCUCACCCAUGACAAAUCAAAUAAAAUGUUUAUACUGAAGUUAAUAUUUCGUUGAAAUAUCAAUGGUUUAUGUCUGUGAUUCUCCUCCGAAAUCUCCUCCAUUUUCGAUGUACAUAUAUGGAUUAUAAACGCACCUUUUCCCCGCGAUGCGGUCGACGAAUCGAUUCAGUAGUUUUUACCAAGGGUUGCUCCCACGUGGAACACGGCCAAUCACGUGUACGUGUCGUUUCCGUAGGUUUAAAACACUCGUACCUCUUGUUGUAAGUAACGUCUUGGAGCACACACGCUAAAUAGUCGCACCGUGUAUAGGGUUAUUUAUGGUGGACGGUUGCAUCCGACGAAUAUCUUUGGUUAAUACCGAUUCUCCCUCCUUGUUCUUUUCAACAUUGAAUGUAAUGUGAAUGUCAGCGAGGCGCCAGCCCGUAAGGCAGGGACGUAACAUUAGAACUACUAGACAGAUCAAAACCAACAAUUCCUGAUUUCUUACGAUUAUUGAAAAGAUAACAGACGAUUCUCUGAGAACUUACUGAAGAUUAAUUUCGGAAUACGCAAUCUCAAUUGUAAAUUCAAAGAAAUCUCAAUAGACGUGCUCUUAGAGUUUCUAUAGGAAAGUUUGAGAAAAUCAAUUUGAUUGCUCGGUAGUUUUAAUGUUAAUACCGGUGUGAUUUUGAUACCGAUAUUAAGCCUGUAAGUUAGAACCGAAAUAACAUGUAUUAAUACCGGUAUAAGACACCAAAAGCUAUAAAAAACCGAUACGACACCGAAAAUCGAAAUGAAUACCGUUAUUUUUACGUUUCGUCUAGAUGUAUUACGAUGAAGAUUGACUAGUCAACGGUGGAAUUUAGUUUAAAAAAUCUCUCUUGAACGGUACAAUAAAGCCAUGGAAUGACGAGUGUACGCGUCGAACGUAGAACAAAUCCACCGAAUACGCAUUAAAACAAAACUGUGGAGCGAAUAAACAAGAAUUACGUGUUCAUCGGGAAAAGUAAAUGAUUGUAGAAAGGAUCUGUAUUACUUUGAUUUCCAAGAUGACGUGUAAUACUUGUUAAACACAGUGAUCUGCUUAUGUAAUUAUAAAGGUGUAAUACCGGUAUUUUACGUGCAGGUAGUCCCUGUCGCAGGAAAACGAGGGCGACGUGCACGUGAGUUCGUUCCGCGUAAUUCGUAAACCUUAACCAGCCAAACCUGUACAUUCCGUUUGUUAUAUAAUAAAAAUUGUUAUCUCUGGUUUCAUCAUUCGGUAAGUCGUUGAACGAUCACUUGCAAUUCGAUUAUUAUUCUAAAGACGUUCGUCGCGAGAUCAUCGGGCCCAGAGAACACAAGGGGAUGAAGGAACAAUGUCUCUUAUCGUAUAUGUGCAUAUAUUUAUUAUUAUCAACGAAUCGAAAUAAUAAAU